GGUUUCAGUUUCAUUUCAAGUUUCAACAAAACAUAUUUUGUUAUUUCUUCUAUCUAUAGUGCAUUGGAAUGGAAGAUAAGAUGCAACAUGACCCCCCCAACAACACUCCAACCCAACAUGGUUCCGAGAAAACUGAACCGGUUAGGUCAAGGUGGACACCAAAACCAGAACAAAUUCUCAUACUUGAGUCCAUCUUCAACAGUGGCAUGGUGAAUCCCCCAAAAGAAGAAACUAUCAAAAUAAGAAAACUUCUUGAGAAAUUCGGCAACGUCGGUGACGCCAACGUCUUCUACUGGUUCCAAAACCGCCGGUCUAGAUCUCGCCGCCGACAACGCCAGAUGCAGCAGGCCACACUUGAUCAGCAAAGAAAUCAGAUGGCUAUGAUGCAGCCUCAGCAAGUUGUUAACGAUGGUGCAAGUGCAAUUCCUUGUGAUAUGGUUCAAACCAACCCAACCAUGGUUUUUGGUGGUUCCUCUUCUUGUUUAAAUGAUUCUUCCGGUUCUUCCUCUUCAUCAUGUGGUGGUGUUCUUAGUGGUCAACAAGGCAUGGAUGGUUUGUUUUCAGUUUCUUCUCAAAUGGGUUUUCUUGGAGUUGAUCAAACUUUAGCUGCACCAUCACUUUUGUGCCCUUCUCUUUCUCCUAAUUUCAACUAUCACUCUGGAUUUGGAGGUGCUAGUACUGUAACAGGAUUGGCAACAGUGUUUAUCAAUGGGAUUGCAACAGAAAUUCAAGCAGGGCCACUAGACAUCAAAACAGUGUUUGGAGAAGAUGUGAUGUUAGUUCAUUCCUCUGGUGUGCCAGUUCCCACAAAUGAACAUGGCAUCUUGAUUCAGAGCUUGCACCAUGGUGAAAGCUACUUUCUGGUAUCAAAGUCAGCACAAGUUUGAACUGACCAUGCUCUAAUGCUGGAGUUGGAAGGUCCCUAUGCGUGUGCUCCUCUCUUUUUAACUAUUAUUACCAAUGUCGUAAUUUCAUAUAUAUGCGGUCAAAAUAAUAAAUAUGUAGCUAUGUACGUGUGAUAGUUUUUAAGAAGUUUAUAUCUCUAUAUAUCUUAGCAAUUAUCCAAAAAUCUAUAUAUCUUAGCAAAUAUGUAUACUGUUUGUUCUUAUAUCUUGUUCCUAGUACAAAAACAUGCACUUUUGAAAGUCAAGUUGUUCAAUCUAUAUAUAUUUCAUUCAGUUUCUUCGAUA